AACCCGACCUUUUUUGGAUCUAAACCUUUGAACUCUCAUCCCCUCCGAUUUCCCCUAUAAUUCGCCCCCCCCCUUUCUCUCUCUAUAAUCAUCCGAUUUGAACAAUUUUGGGCUCUAUUCCACUUGAUUUUUCGAGCUCUACCUGAUUCCUACACUCGUCUUCACCCUAAGACAGAGAAUGAAGCGCACGAAAAUGUCAGCAAAGAAGAACACACAAGAAGAGGGUUCGUCUCAGCGAGAGAAGCAAAGGCCAAAGAAGUGGGAUAAGUCUGAUACCACCCACUACAACAACAUGAAGAAGGUAGCCGUUCCGGCCACACAACUAGCAUGUCCUGAGACGAUGACAAUAUUGGGAAUCAAAACAGACAUUGAAGGACUGUUCCAGAAAAUGGGUCUAGGCCAACUAUGCAACCUCAACGAACCCACUUAUCCGGAGUUGGUACGCCAGUUCAUAGCAUCCGCAUACGUCACCCGUCCCGAUGAUAGCCAUCAGGAAGGUUUUCUGGCAUUCGUAGUGCAGAAAGUAUACUAUGAGGUAACUUUCACAGACCUCUGCGGACUAUUUGGAUUGAGUGCAGGGGAGAGGACAUCUGGUCUUUAUUGGACUUCAGAGCUGUUGAACUUCUGGGAAACGAUUGGCACAGGGGUUUAUAGAUCUUCUCAGGCAAAGGAGUCACUUAUCCGGAGCCCAGUACUGAGAUAUGCCACACGCCUCAUUGGCUCAUUGCUAUACGGGACAACCACAGCCGCAUCAGUCACGCAAUGGGAGUUGUGCCUCCUGUACCAAGGUGUGAGGCAUUUGCUACCGGCAUUUGGAAACUCUACAUUCCCACCUGCUACUGCCUUCAACAUGGGAGCGGUGCUGGCCGCAAACUUAGCAGGAUACAAGGGGAAAGUAACCAAAAAAAAGAGCAAUGCAUGUGGAUUUGGUGCAGUGAUUACUCGGAUCCUUAGACAUGUGGGUGUAGACUGCAAGAACCAGGAGGUAGCACUGGACAGAUCGAACAACAUUGCUUGGAACUACCUGGAUGUCAUUUCUCUAGUAAGUAAGGAGUUCAUAGCUGGUCCCCACUCGAGGAUCCAUCGGGAUGGUCCUUUGCAAGAGCUUCCACCGAACGCCAAGUCUCUCCGCGGUUCCGUAAUGAAAUCCCAAUCAACCGACACGAAGCCGUACGGAUUGAACAUCAACGCUUCCUACAAAGUGGCGGUCCUCGGUGCUGCCGGAGGGAUCGGUCAGCCUCUGUCACUUCUCAUCAAAAUGUCUCCUCUCGUCUCCACCCUCCACCUCUACGAUAUCGCCAACGUCAAGGGAGUCGCCGCUGAUUUGAGCCACUGCAACACUCCCUCUCAGGUUCGUGAUUUCACCGGACCGGCUGAGCUGGCUGAUUGUUUGAAAGAUGUCAACGUCGUUGUCAUCCCUGCUGGUGUGCCGAGAAAGCCCGGUAUGACCCGUGACGAUCUCUUCAACAUCAACGCCGGUAUAGUGAAGACGCUUGUUGAGGCUGUCGCUGAUAACUGUCCUAACGCGUUCAUCCACAUCAUCAGCAACCCUGUUAACUCCACCGUCCCCAUUGCUGCUGAGGUGUUGAAGAAGAAAGGUGUCUAUGAUCCCAAGAAGCUCUUUGGUGUCACCACUUUGGAUGUUGUGAGGGCUAACACCUUUGUUUCUCAGAAAAAGAACUUGAAGCUCAUCGAUGUCGAUGUUCCCGUCAUCGGUGGCCACGCUGGAAUCACCAUUCUGCCUCUUCUAUCGAAGACCAAGCCUUCUGUCAGCUUCACUGACGAAGAGAUCGAGAAACUCACUCUGAGGAUUCAGAACGCUGGAACCGAGGUUGUGGAUGCCAAGGCGGGUGCUGGCUCGGCUACUUUGUCUAUGGCGUACGCUGCAGCGAGAUUUGUGGAGUCGUCUCUUCGUGCUCUUGACGGAGAUGGAGAUGUUUACGAGUGCUCGUUCGUGGACUCCACUCUCACUGAUCUUCCUUUCUUUGCAUCACGGAUCAAGAUUGGGAGGAACGGAGUUGAAGCUGUGAUUGAGUCUGACCUCCAAGGGCUGACUGAGUAUGAGCAGAAGGCACUAGAAGCUCUUAAGCCAGAACUGAAAGCUAGCAUCGAAAAGGGUGUUGCAUUCGCAAACAAACCUGCUAACUAAGAUCUUUGAUCUCAUCUGAGAGAAACAUGCUUCGACAUUCGAGAGGAUAACAGUUUCCUUCUGAUCAUUUUGAGUUUUGUUUUGUUUUAUUUUUGUUGCAUCGGCGAGACAUUUUCUGGUUGUAGAAUAAAGAAUGUAUUAGCUUCUUCGGUUCUGAAGAUGUUGGAUACACGACAUUGAAUCAGAUUUUAUGAUGAAUCACACCAAAUAUCAA